CUCUCAGAGAGAGUUAUGUCACUUCUGCUGAACCAACUCCUAUACCAACUGUUUGUAGAAUUGCCUCUAAGGGAAAAUUCCAAAAGGGUAUUUGGAAAGGAAAAAAAGAGAGGUACGAGGAAGAUAGGCUUUGUUAUACAAGGUUAUGGCAGAUAGGAGCAUCAACUUGUUGCUUCAUCACAGGUCAAUGUUGCCCCAUGAACCUGCUGCAGCUUCUCUACUGAAACCUGCAUUCCUUCAUUCGUUUUCUGCAACUUGCACUGUCACUGAUAGACCCCUCCAUGUCUCAUCACAAAGGUGGAAGAAUUGCAAUGCUUCUUGUUGUUAUUGCUUCACUUUCAGGAGAUGCAGAUGCAAGUGGAAACGGCUAGUAAGAAGCUCUUCCACCAGCGAGUUUGUUAUAGCCAGUGAUGAAAACUAUGGUAACAAGCAGGUUGUUAGUCUCACUCCCCACCUCUAUGACUAUGUUCUCAAAAAUGUUAGAGAACCUGAGAUUCUAAGGCAACUGCGGGAGGAGACGGCUUCUUUGCGUGGAAGUCAGAUGCAGGUGUCCCCUGAUCAGGCGCAACUGCUUGCAAUGCUUGUGCAGAUUCUUGGAGCAGAACGAUGUAUUGAAGUUGGUGUUUAUACUGGAUACUCAUCACUAGCCAUAGCAUUAGUCCUGCCAGAAUCAGGUCAUUUAGUUGCCUGUGAAAGAGAUGCCAAAUUCCUUGAUGUUGCCAAGAAGUAUUAUCAGCUAGCUGGUGUUUCACAUAAGGUGGAUGUAAAACUUGGACUUGCAGUUGAUUCCCUAGAUUCUUUAAUUCUGAAUGGUGAAGCAGGAAGCUAUGAUUUUGCAUUUAUCGAUGCUGAGAAAAGAAUGAAUCAGAAAUAUUUUGAACAGCUACUACAACUGGUCAGGGUUGGAGGUAUUAUUGUAAUUGAUAAUGUCCUUUGGCAUGGAAAAGUUGCUGACCCGUUGGUAAAUGACCCUAAAACUAUCAGCAUUAGAAAUUUUAAUCAGCAGUUAUUGGAAGACAAGCGAGUAAACAUCAGUAUGAGUCUCAGGUACCCAUUGGAGAUGGCAUGACAAUCUGCCGAAAAAGAUGACCCAUUUUUGAGCAAUUAUUUGGGAAUAUAGUUAACUAGAUUUGUGUGAUCUUCGCUAGUGCAAAUUUUGUACGCACUAAGAGUAGAAGCAGAUAUGUUUUAAUUUUUAAGGAACAAACUCAUGACAGAACAAUGAAUACUUGUUCAAAGCUCCGAAAAUAUAGUCGAGAGAAUGCUUUCAUCAGAUGACAUAACAGGUGUACAAGAAAUCAUUAUGCAGCAAAUGGAUUGUGUAAGAGUUUGUGAAAAUCAGCAUAUAGUAGUGGUUAAUUGUAAUUUGUAUAUUGUGAUUAAUUUUGAUGAGUUGAAUUAUAAUACAUUUCUUUGAAGAAUGAAAGUCAAUUAUUUUAAAGUUUAUGUAAGAGG